AUGGCCAAAGGUAUUGAGGUUUCUGUGAAUGAGAGAGACUUUGUGUUCGAAGCACUAAAGCAAGGAAUAAGGAUUGAUGGAAGAAAACUCGAUCAGUUCAGAGAUGUGGAAAUCACUUUAGGUGAUGAAUAUGGUUAUGUCGAUGUCAAAAUGGGUAAAACAAGAGUUGUUGCACGUAUAUCUGCUGACAUUGUUUCGCCAUUUGAAGAUCGUCCUUUCGAAGGUUUAUUUCAAGUUUCUACAGAGAUAAGUCCAAUGGCUUCAGCCAUGUUUGAGAAUGGUAGACAAUCCGAUGAUGAACUUUUGAUUUCAAGAGCCAUUGAAAAAGCGGUUAGAAGAUCUGGAGCUUUAGAUUUGGAGUCAUUAUGUAUAAUAGCGGGAUCAAAAUGUUGGUCAGUUAGAGCAGAUAUCCAUUUCUUAGAUUGUGAUGGUGGUUUCAUUGAUGCUAGUUGUAUUGCUGUUAUGACUGGUUUGCAACAUUUUAGAAAGAACGAUAUCACAGUUUCAGGUGAACAGAUAAUAGUGCAUUCAACAGAGGAAAGGGAACCUGUGGAGCUUUCAAUUUUGCAUGUUCCAAUCUGUGUUACAUUUGCCUUUUUCAAUCCAACUGAUAUUGAAGAAAACAUUAAGGGUGAUUCAAACAGUGAAAUAUCUGUUGUUGAUGCUACAUUACAAGAAGAAUUAUUAAAAGAUGGUGUGUUAACUGUGACCAUCAAUAAAAAUAGAGAAAUUUGUCAAAUCACAAAAGCUGGUGGUCUACCUAUGGAUGCCUUAACUUUAAUGGAAUGCAGUCGGAAAGCAUAUGGAAUUGCUGAAAAAUUAACAAAACAAAUAAAGGAAUUACUGGAGGCUGAUUAUAAGAAACGUAACGAAGGUAUCCAAUUUAGAGAAUUAAGAGCAGAAAAUGAUAGAUGAACAAUCUCAUUAGAAGGAAGGCAUUUUGUAUAUUACUUAUGGGUGAUUGGCUUGUGUUUUUAUGAAAAAUGUGGUAGUUGUAAAGUUCCCAAACCAGCCAAAGUUGUUUCGACUAGAUCUUUCAAGCUGGCAGGGAAUUGGAUUCUAUCUACCUGACUUUCUAAAAUCAAAAUUAAUAUCGCUAAAGGCAUAGUUUACCUAAUUUAGAUUGAAAUAGAAGGCA